AUCUGGCUACCCUAGUCCUAGCCCGCAGCCCCUGCUUCACCACCAUUAAGACGGCCACAACCGGCUCCAGCUCUUUCUCAGGAGAACCCUGGCUUCCAGCCUCCCUUAUUACUAAAACUUAUGAAACUUCCAGCUCUAUGAGAACCCAGGAGUGCGGGCUUGCCCCCAGCCUCGUUAUUACUUCAGCGUAGGAGCCACCUAGUUUCUGACUCCCUCUCAAUGAACCCAGGAGUCCCGGCUGCCAGUUUUAAGUGCCCUACCUGGGGGGAGGCUUUCCCGCCCUUUAGGCCCCGGGAGACACCCCAACCGGCCUUCCAUGUCUCCUAAUUCCUCCCCGGUCCACCCCCCAGGCAGUUUCCUUCGUUUCCUCCCAGAUGCAUUCCCCCUUGAGGCUCCUCCCGUCUUUCGGGUGGCGCUUCUGCUUCUCAUCCAGCCCCACCAGAAAAUCCGAAGGAAGAGAGUUUACCCCUCCCCUCUCCACAUCUAGGGCUGGGCAAGUCUCUCCUCUUCCCUUCCUUUUUCUCUUGUUUGCUCGGCGGGGCCAAAGAUCCUCGGAAAAUCCUCUGCGUUGCUGGUGUUUGGACUUUAUUUUAUAUAUUUUAUUUUUAAAAAACAAGAGGGAACCUGUUCUGGAGCGAAAGAUCCCAUCUUUGAUUGGAGGUGGUGUGAUGUGAGAUUUUGGAGCCUCUGAAUUAAUAAGAAGCUGUUUUUUUUUCUUUUUGGGGAGGCACCAAUAUACCCCUUUGGAAACGGGGGAGGGAGCUCCCCCCCCCAAUAUGCUCAUUUUGAGAAAUGAACCUGCAUGUCGUGAGAUGGCUAGUUUGUCAAGGGUAUUGGAAAAAGUCAGUGUGAUGUGGCAGGCAGCUGACCUUCCUUCUGUGUGAGUCAACCAAAUCUCACCACAUGUAUUUCCUUGGACAGAGAAAAUUUAUAUUCUCAAUAGCCAAAGCUUAGGACAGCUCCAAGCCCAGAUAAGCCCUGAUUUAUGGAUAAGGCACAAUUGUGGUUUACUUGGAGACUGAGCCAGCAGCCUUGAGAUCUGAAACAUCACAAGCCAAGCUGAUGCCCGCAGGAGGAGGAAAACAUGCAGUGCUAGCACAUAUCCUUUGUGGCAGGAAGCUGAUCUUCCAGAACGUCGGGGCUCAAGUUUGCUUUGGUUGAUCUGGGCAUAAGCUCCCACCUCAGCUCUUUACUUUUAUUAUUAUUAUUUAUUUUUCUUAGGCUGGAAAGAGCCCAAGUCCUUUCCCUGUGUCAUGUUCUUCAGCAGAGUCAAGUCGUGGCUCCCCGGACUGCCUUGGCAGCGAGGAAAGGCAAAGGACUCAAAAAAACAGGUGGGAGGAUUGAAGGAGGAGCUUGAGGAGCCGCAGGAGUGCAUGGUGCCUCCCAAAGUGAGGUGGUGGAGCGGCCACCAGCUCUUGGAAGCCAUUGGAUGGGGCCAAAGUUCCGCUGCUGGAGAGCAUUCCCUAUUGUCUGGGAUACCUCAGCCUCUCAGCCCCCCAAAGCCAUCUGUCGAAUUGCCAGAGCACUUCCAGAUCUGCUUCAACUUCACUCGCCACCUCUUUGACUUGUGUGUGGUGACUUUGCUCUGUGCAUCUUCACCAGCUUUCCGGCUGGCCUUGGAUAUCCUGGGCUUUGGGGGUCCCCUUAAGGUUUGGAUCCAUGGCGUUGCUUGUUUCUUGGUCACCGCCUAUGGGAUGUACUUGGCCCUCUGGUUGGUGCAGGAGUAUCUUGUGCAGUUUGCCUGCCUCUACGGUUUCCUACAGACCCUGGUCUUGUGUGUCAGCAUCCAGGCUGGUGCGUCGGAGCCCCAAGAGGUUGAACAGGCCACUGGCCCUGACCCAGACAAGGAAGAGGAACUGUCGACAACUGACACGUGCAACCAGUAAUUGCUCCUGUAUGGAGGAAGACUGUGUUGAUCCACCUCCUGUGGAUGUUGGGGAAGAAAUGAGGGAUGGAAGCCAAAGAGAUCAACUGAGGUGGUCCCUGAUUAGGAUGGCUGGACAGACAAAAAAAAAAGAGUGUUUUGUGGUGUGUAUAUGUUUGCAAAAAUGAGUAAGUGGUAAUGGCUCAGGCAAUAAGAUCUAGUUUCAAGUCCAAUUUGUGAAUUACUUUGAAAGGAGUCCAAUUUGUGAAUAGCUUUGAAGGGAGACUCCAUUAGGCAGGGAGGGUAACCCAGCCAGACCUGUUACUGCCUAGUGGGUCUUGGAGAGCAGAAAUCAUGGUGUGGAAGAGAGUUGGGUGCAGCUAUUCUACACAUCUAAACCAGUUUGAAACUGGUUUUCCUGCCAUGUCUGCUUCCAGAGGACCUUGUAGUUGUGUGUUGGAGGGAGGGGUGAGGGUUUCCAGGGUUCCUUAAUGGAGAGCCAUUUGAGCACUGGUUUAUAGCUGAAGUAUGUUUGGCUGGCAGUUUUGAAGGAGAGUAGAUGGGUGACCAGUACAUACUCAGGUCCUAUAAACUCCAGGCUGGUGAUGUCAUCCUUUCUUGGACCCUUCUGCCUGGCCACUUGCCCUCUUUGCUCUAACUGGGACCAAAGAGUGGAUCUAUCUAUCGUUAUCUGAGCCGCAGUAGACUCUUAAUCAGGGUAAGAGUGUGAUGGAUUGGAGAACGAAAGAUCAGAUCCAGUAGACUGUACAAAUUACCUUCAUCAGAAAAACGAGGUGCAAUAUAGUGUAUGUAUGAGAGAGACCUGUUGUACCUGAACAAGAGGAUUCAAAUGAGCCCAUGGGAGAACUAUAUGUUAGGAGGGGGCAGAGUCUUCUGACUGCUAUGACAUACAUCUACUGAAGGAGAAUCCAGCCAAGGGGAAAAGAGUAUAACUACUGGGAAGGAAUCUUCACUAUUCCCUGUUAGAAGAGGGCUGACUCUCCAUAGCUUAUUCUGAAGGAGAUGCUGAUGGGUCUGGGUGGAUGUUUAGAAAGCUGAUCUCUUCCAUCCCAAACCUCAGGGAUAAGCAAUUCUGAGCCUAAAAUUUCAGCUAGAUCCCACCUGCUCCACAGUCACCAGCAUCUAGAACUUUCUUCAGCUGUGGAACUAGCUCUUCAUUCUGUUUUCCUGAUCUCUUCCUUCUCCCUCCCCUGGCAAUAUUAUUUCCACUGGAUCUGGAGCCCACAGUAGUGUGGGAGGUGCGUUGCCUCAAGGAGCUGUGUGCAGUUGAGAGAGGAGGUAAACAUGCCUCUUGCUGGUCCAGUUCUGCUUGAGCCAUGCAGAGAAUACAAAACUCGACCUGUCACUUGGCAAGAGGAUCAAUCUACCAAAGGAUAAGAAUGGUCAAUAAUCAGGAAUGGGAAUUGUAGUCCAGCAACAUCUGGAGGGCUACAGGUUCCCCAGUACUGAAUCAGAAGGAGUCAGGAACUGAAAGAAAAUUGUUCUCUUCGCCCGGUAUCUCUGGGUCUUUAGGUAUCCAGAUAUGAAAUCUGAAGUGCCCACCAUUUUUCCCUCACUCCUCCCCCCCCCCGCCCCCCACAUCCUCCCCCUUGCUGAAGGAGGAGUGCAAGCAACCGGCAUGGUUUUGUCGAUGGGGUGUGUGUGUCCCUUCCCAUCCCUCUCCAUUGCUGCCUGCCAUUGAGGAAAGCAGUCAGGAGGGAGGCUGGUGAGGAUUGCAUCAUGAGGCAAACAGGAGCAGGCUCCUCCCACUGAGAGUGCAUCAUGAUUGUCUCCUGUCCAGAGGUGGGACACAAUUUUUCUCCUGUUGUUCUGGCUCAGAGUGGUAAGCGGCGGUAACGCAGCCGAAGCUCUGCUCAUGGCCGGAGUUCAAUUCCAACGGAAGGAGGAAGUCGAAUCUCCAGUAAAAAGGGGUCGAGGUCCACUCAGCCUUCCAUCCAUCCGUGGUCGGUAAAAUGAGUACCCGGCAUAUGCUGGGGGGUAAAGAAAGGCCGGGGAAGGAACUGGCAAUCCCACCCCAUAUAUACGGUCUGCCUAGUAAAACGUCGCAAGACAUCACCCUAAGAGUCGGAAACGACUCGCACUAUAAGUGCAGGGACACCUUUACUUUAUUCUGGAGAGCAGUGAGAGAGGAGGGUGCAUUGGACAUCAUGCUAGCCAAACAGAAAAAGUACUGGUACCCCCUCCCCCCCAAUAUCAGGGCCUUAGCAGCUGACCAAUCAAGCUGAUCACUAGUGCCAGUCAUGUACAACAUUUAUCUAUGAUACCAUGGCCUUGAAUAAUUCAUAAAAUCUCCUCUUGUGAUGUACAGUUGUGGUACAAAGAAGUCUAUCACCUCAGCCCCCCCCUUCUAAUUUUCUCUGAUGUACAUCAGGAGCUGUAGAGCAGCCAUGCAACUGUACAAUUCAUGCAUGCAUGCAUUCACCAAUUGGCUCUUGCAGCUGAAUUGGCUGUGUCCUCAAAUUGACCAAGAGACCUCACCACAGCACAUCAGGGUCUGGCAUACAGUAGAACUAUAAUAAAUCAAAUUUCUAAUGCAAUCCAGAAUGGCGAGAGCCAGGCCAGAACAAAAUCAUCAGUGUCCAUUCUUCCUUAGUACAAAGUCUUACAGAAUUCUUCCCCUUGUGCUGCUUGGAUGCCCUCUCGCCUAAGACGUGUUAAGUUGUGUCCUCUAGAUUCUAAUUCUAGAACAGAAAUGUGGAACCUGUGGCCGUCCAGUUGUUGAACUACAGCUCCUAUCAUCUCUGACCAUGGGCUUUAUUAACUCACAUCUGCUUACAUUUAAAGCACAUUAUUCCUCCCCCCCCCGAAAAAAAUCCUGAGAACUGUAGUUCGUUAUGCAUGCUGGCAAUGGUAGCUCUGUGAGGGGCAAACUACAGUACCCAAGAUUCUUUGGGGGAAGUCAUGUGCUUUAAAAGUACGAUGUGCAUGCAGCUCUGGUCUAGAAUGAAGUCACCCACCCACCAUGUGGUCUUGAAAUGUCAGUUAACGGUUAUUCCUAGAAGAAGGGCUGAUCUAGACAGUAGAUGGGGAGGAUCUAUAGCCUUCACACUUUAGAAGCUGGCAGAACAGGGUUUCUGAGGGCUUGUACAAAUGAUUGUUUUUUUGUUUUGGAGCAAUGGGAAUGACUUUCCCCCUCCAGCAGGGGAAAUUCUUGUUUUUAAAAGAAAAAGAGGGAUGGGGUGGGGUGGAAGAGAAGGAAAAUAUAACAGUGUUACUAAGGGGCAGACAGACAAGCCCCUUUCUUCCCCCUCUCACUAUCCAGUUAAAAUGAGUUUCAAAUAAGUCUUAUUUAAAAACUUUGAAGCACUUGAGGGGAGAACUUAUCUUUGAAUGUGAGUUUAUGGAAACUUUCCUAGGGGAGGUGCUUUAAUCCUUCCUGCGCCUGUUGAUUUCCAGCUACAAUUGCCUCUCCCCCUCCCCACACCAUUCUUUCCUUAGCCAAACUGAGCCAGGAGCGGGGGUGAUGUUGGAGCCCAUGACAACUGCAAAAGAGGGCAUUUUUGAGAAGAAUGAGCAAAUGGAGGAAGGGUUAAGCCUUUCUGCCUAACCACUGAUUUUUCCCUGCAAGUGUCCUGACCGCACACACAUAUUGAAAGGAAUGUACGAAGCUGGAAACCUUGUGUUUUUUACACACCAUGAAGUUUCUACCCUCUUAGUUGUGACUGACUUAUGCUGGUUUCAACACAACACUUUAAAAAAACCCUCUCUUAUUAAAGAGUUAUACAAGCGCUGAUGUGAAAAAGCUAGUAAGCACUCACCCUCAGCCAAGCUAAUAAAAAAAAAGGUAACACCAUGUCAAGAUAAGAACAUAAGAAGAGCCUGCUGGAUAAGGCCAGUGGCCCAUCUAGUCCAGCAUCCUGUUCUCACAGUGGCCAACCAGGUGCCUGGGGGAAGCCCGCAAGCAGGACCCGAGUGCAAGAACACUCUCCCCUCCUGAGGCUUCCGGCAACUGGUUUUCAGAAGCAUGCUGCCUCUGACUAGGGUGGCACAGCACAGCCAUCACGGCUAGUAGCCAUUGAUAGCCCUGUCCUCCAUGAAUUUGUCUAAUCUUCUUUUAAAGCCGUCCAAGCUGGUGGCCAUUACUGCAUCUUGUGGGAGCAAAUUCCAUAGUUUAACUAUGCGCUGAGUAAAGAAGUACUUCCUUUUGUCUGUCCUGAAUCUUCCAACAUUCAGCUUCUUGGAAUGUCCACAAGUUCUAGUAUUAUGAGAGAGGGAGAAGAACUUUUCUCUAUCCACUUUCUCAGUGCCAUGCAUAAUUUGAUACACUUCUAUCAUGUCUCCUCUGACCCGCCUUUUCUCUAAACUAAAAAGCCCCAAAUGCUGCAACCUUUCCUCGUAAGGGAGUCGCUCCAUCCCCUUGAUCAUUCUGGUUGCCCUCUUCUGAACCUUUUCCAACUCUAUAAUAUCCUUUUUGAGAUGAGGCGACCAGAACUGUACACAGUAUUCCAAAUGCGGCCGCACCAUAGAUUUAUACAACGGCAUUAUGAUAUCGGCUGUUUUAUUUUCAAUACCUUUCCUAAUUAUUGCUAGCAUGGAAUUUGCCUUUUUCACAGCUGCCGCACACUGGGUCGACAUUUUCAUUGUGCUGUCCACUACAACCCCGAGGUCUCUCUCCUGGUCGGUCACCGCCAGUUCAGACCCCGUGAGCGUAUAUGUGAAAUUCAGAUUUUUUGCUCCAAUAUGCAUAAUUUUACACUUGUUUAUAUUGAAUUGCAUUUGCCAUUUUUCCGCCCA